CUCAAUUAUUACAACAUGACAAUUUCGUAGUGUAUGGACAAUAACAUCCUUGUCAAAAACUGUUUUCUUUACAAGAUGAAUGAUUUUUCUGAAAAUUUCCAUCUCUCAACAAAUUUCGGACAAUGGAGACUCAGAGCUCUGGCGAGCAAUCUGUCAGGUCUGUCGCAGCGGGAGGCAACUUCGGAUCCGGCAUCAGCAAAGCAUUUUGCCGGUGCGGCGAAGGAUGGAAGUGUGUCAUCACUAGGACUGAGGGACCUGAUGCCGGCAAGGCCUUCUUCAGCUGUGCUGGAAACUGCACCUGUGUUAUCUAUGAAGAUGGGACAGUGAUGAAGGAGGCCAUGACGAUGAACGAGGAGGUAGAGAAAAUUGGUGCAAACGAAGCCUACUGCGAGUGUGGUGAAGGCUGGAAAUGUGUCAUCUCCAAGGUUGAACCUGAAGAUCCUAAUGCUGGUAAGAGCUCAUUCGAAUGUGUUGGUAGUUGCAGCUGUGUAACCGAUGGUUAAAGCCUAAAAGGUGCAUCAAGAAAUUAAGGAUGCGUUUGUUGCACCGGACUGUCUUGGACUAGAUUAGAUGCAAGGACUAAACUGAACUGGCUUAGACUAGACUAAGCUGGACUAGCUUAGUGAAGCGUUUGGUGCAGUAUCGGACUAAGCAGUAGGAUAAUGAAAACAGUACUAUCACCCGUUUGAGUUUGCUCAGACUAGGACUAUAUUAUUGUUCUAUUUUAAUUGCUUUUUUUUUAUUAAAGAUAUUAUUAAAAUUAAUAAUA